GCUGCAUGUCGACGGAUACAGCUUUAAAAAAAAAAAGAAAAGAAACGCGAGCAGGAGCUUUAAGUGGACCCAGUGUGGUGUUGGUACUGAAUGGCGGCGCGAGGAACGGCGUGACAGCGCUGCGGCACGCGCUGACUUGUUCGGGGGAAAGUUUGAUUGGGCCUGCUGAUUGUUGCUUAGUGUCGGAGGAGCUCUCUGCCCGACUGCAGCGACAGCGCCCCGUCGAUGUUCCAUUGCUUUUCCAUUUCGACCUGAGCUCUGGCUCGGUAUGUCGGAUGAAGAUUCCCGUGCCAGCACCAGCUCUUCCUCCUCUUCAUCCUCAACUCAUCAUCAGCAGCAGCAGCAGCAGGAGCCGAACUCCCAGAAGAAACGAGAAAGCAAAGCCAGCAUGAGCAAGACAUCCAAACUCCUCUCUACGAGUGCGAAAAGAAUUCAGAAGGAACUGGCUGACAUUACGUUGGAUCCACCACCAAACUGCAGCGCCGGUCCUAAAGGAGACAACAUCUAUGAGUGGAGGUCGACCAUCCUGGGCCCUCCGGGCUCCGUGUACGAGGGUGGAGUGUUUUUCCUGGACAUCGCCUUCACACCAGACUACCCCUUCAAACCACCCAAGGUGACGUUCCGUACGAGGAUCUACCACUGUAACAUCAACAGUCAGGGAGUGAUCUGUCUGGACAUCCUGAAGGACAACUGGAGUCCUGCCCUCACCAUCUCCAAGGUCCUACUGUCCAUCUGCUCCCUGCUCACUGACUGCAACCCUGCUGACCCGCUGGUUGGAAGCAUCGCCACACAGUACACAACAAACAGACCAGAACACGACAGGAUAGCCAAACAGUGGACCAAACGCUACGCCACAUAAUCAUCAGGAGGAGCUGCUGGCUGGUUGGACGACUUGGGGAUAUGU